AUGCCCCUGAUGAUGAGCAAUAAGCCUAAAAGCCACAAGUCCAUGGGGGAAGGAGAGUGGAUGGCAAGGCUGAGGGCAUAUGCCAGCUCAGGGGUUUGGCCUUCUGGAGGCAACAGACCAGCCCCUAAGCAGCGGAAGUGGCAUGACCUCUAUCAGAAGAUUGAGAAAUGCCCCAUGCAGGCCCGUGGACAGACCACUCUGUUUGGUGGGUCAGUGGCCUGUAAUUGUGGAUUUCACGGUGCUAAGCCCACCACUCAGCCUCCUGCCGCAGCCUCGCAGUCUGCAGCUCUGGUCUCGACCCCUGGUGCAACGGCUGCUGUGCCACCAUCUUUCUGGCGCCCCCCUCCAAGUUUGUCAAUGUUCACUAAAUCACGCUUUGGUGGGUCACAGUCUGCCACACUAAAGCCUAAUUUAGUGGCUAGGAGGAGCCCCAGCCCCUCUUCCUCCCCUGUGAGGACUCCCAGCCCCUCUCCAUCCUCUGUGAGGACCCCCAGCCCCUCUCCAUCCUCUGGGAGGACCCCGAGCCAUGCCCCGUCUUCUGGGAGGACCCCCAGCCCCUCUCCAUCCUCUGUGAGGACCCCGAGCCAUGCCCCGUCUUCUGGGAGGACCCCCAGCCCCUCUCCAUCCUCUGUGAGGACCCCGAGCCAUGCCCCGUCUUCUGGGAGGACCCCCAGCCCCUCUCCAUCCUCUGUGAGGACUCCGAGCCAUGCUGUGAACACCAGCAUGGCAGAAGCCUGUGAUGAACCUGGAGGAGUUCAGCUGGCCAGUGCUGGGGCUGCAUGUUCUUUCUGGUUGCCAGCAGAGAUGCGGAAAAACAUCCCCAUCCAAGACCAGAGGUGGAUUUCUAACGCCAUUUUCCACUCUGGCAAACUGCGACAAGAUUUGAAGCUGUGGUACGAACCCCCUGUCCCAGCUCUCAUAUAUCACCAGACACCAACACCAGAUCGCUUUUUUACCCAUCGGCUGAUGGUGUGGAUGCCCUACCACCUGUGGAAGGUGAGGGUAAACUGCCCUGAGGGGCGAAGCUGA